AUGGAAAUCCAGACCGCCUACAGUCCGGGCACGUCAAAACGACGACAUCCUGGUCUGGUGUUCACCAGUCGCUCGGCCAGACGAUCCGGCUAUUUCAUGGUCAACAUGGUCCUGAUCAGUUGUGUACUUUGUCUACUCUCAUUCUGCAUCUUCUCGGUCCCAGUCGAAGGAAAUCGAUUACAACUGGCCCUUCUGCUUCUCCUGACCACAGUCACUUUCAAAUUUGCCGCAUCACAGAAUCUUCCCAAAAUUUCGUAUUUGACUUAUCUGGUACGUUUUUGA